AUUUCUUUGUGUCAUUGUUUCUACAGAAGACCCAAUGUAUGGAUCAACAAUAAAGUUAUUGAAGAAAUUGCUUUCCUCUGUGAUGGAGAUGGCCGUGUUGCUCUCAACUGCCUCCAGAUGGCAGUACAAAGUCAAAUACAAAAGAACGAAGUUGACACCACCGAGUAUUCUCCAACCAUCAUCGAUGUUGACUGUGUGAAGGAAAGCCUUGAACGAUCUUGUAUUCUCUACGAUAAAAAGGGUGAAGAACAUUACAACUGUGCAUCGGCAUUGCAAAAAUCCAUCCGUGGAUCUGACCCAGAUGCUGCGCUAUACUGGAUGGCACGGAUGCUCGAAGGAGGUGAGGAUCCACUCUUCAUUGCACGUCGAUUGGUGCGAACUGCUUCAGAAGACAUAGGAUUAGCUGAUCCUCUUGCUUUGACCCAAGCCGUCGCUGCAUUUCAAGCAACCAACUUCAUUGGAAAGCCAGAGUGUGAUGUCAUCUUGGCACAGUGUGCAGUGUAUUUAGCCCGUGCACCGAAAUCCGUUGAAGUGUAUUCUGCAUACACGAAAGCAAAACAAUGCAUUCUUGAACACAGGGGCCCGCUGCCGUCAGUACCUCUCCACUUGAGGAAUGCAACAACUGGCCUCAUGAAAUCUCUUGGUGAGUCGACACAUUUUUACCAGUCAUUGUCAUCAUCAUCGUCGUCGUCGUCGUCAUCAUCAUCAUCAGCACCAUCAUCAUGAUUGUCAUUAUCCUCAUCA